AAACAAUAGUCCAGUUUUUAGAUUGUCUGCAAGCUCUUUCCCUACUGUUACUAAGUUUUGAGUUCUUUCUUCUACAUCUUACAAAACAACAUCAUAAAUAUUAUAUGGAUUAGAUUCGCUAUCUUCGUCUACUGUACCUUAUCACAAGAUUGGCGAACAAUUUGAUAAAAAGACUAAACUGUAAUACAUUUCAGUGUUUUUUUAAUGAUCAUCAGCUAAAGUGUUUUUGCAUAAAGAUUUAUAUUGUGAUGCGUGCUGAUUUUAUAAAUUCAUGUGGUUAUAUAGGUGAAAAUUAUAUUUUUAAUUAUUAAAAAUAACAUUAUUACAUUCUUAUAGUAUACAAGGAUAUUAAUGAGUUUGUUUAGUAAAAUCUCAGUGAAACGUCAAGAUAUCGAAAGUGAAGUGAUUUAGUAGGAAAAAUUCUAACCUUGGACGAUAAGCAUCUUAUAUAAUUUAUGUAAGCAUUAACCGCAAACAUGAGAGUAAGAAAGAAGCCAGAUCUCCGGGUAGAUAUACCAUCAUACCCUCAUGACUAUGUGGAAAUGCCCGCUGAAACUAAACGUCUCAUUCUUGAAGCAAAUAGAAGCGACAAUGAUAUCAAAUACAUCGAUGAAGGCGAACCUUCAAUCGCUAGCUUUACGAUAGGAAGUCCUGUUGAUGAAAUUAAUGGACACAUUACACCUAAAGUGAUGUUUGCGCAAGGAAAGAAUAAAAAAGAAGACAUUAAUAAAGUUGAUAGUAAAGACAAUAAAAGCGCAGAAGGUAAAGAAGUAAUUAAUAAUGGUAACAGUCCAGUUGUGUAUAGAUCUUCAAAACGCGGUUCAAUAUCCUCGCCUAGUGAACCUGGCUCAGCGGAUUCUGAUAAGAAAGAUGCGCUUAAUAUCCCUGAACACCACCAGAGCUCGGCGUCAGGAUUCAGCGAUGGAGACAACACGGCCGACGACCACCAGGAGCCACUCUCCGAUGAUGACAGGACCAAAACGCCUCUCCGCUCCCCUCGCCGCAAGUCAGGAUAUCCCCGAAGGUCCGGCAGGUCGGAGUUCAGCAUGGACGACGACGACUAUUCUCCGAGCAACUCCGUCACCUCUGUUAACUCCCUCGCCAGUCUGCUUAAAGAGAAACUGCAGGGCAUUCCCCAAAAAAUCCGCAAGAAACCGACCGACUACAAGCUCCGGGCCUUUGUGGGUUUGAUGUUCCUGGCAGUGGUGUUCUUCGUGGGUUUUGCGUACGUGUUAUACCACCAGCAAGCUCUCACCAAGGCCUACUUUCGCAACGUGCAGUUCAACGAACCUAAGAGGCUGAUAAGGAUCUAUAAUAAAGAUGACGUGGAGAUACUAAAGGCUACUUUGGCCGUGGACCUGCAUGGGAAAGUGAAGUCAUUCCCGUGCUUGCCAGAGCACCGGAGGCAAGAUGGCUCUGAGUGUAAGGAGUGGCUCCACACCCUACGGUUCUAUCUGAAGUCGCAGCCUCAUGAUCCUGGCGUCGACAACACCACCUGCUACUCCAUCCAUUGGAAGGCGUUGCGACAUGACGUCACACCCAAAGACUGCUUCGACUGGAGCGAUACUAAGGUCCACUGGUACGGCGGCGGUCAGUCUGCCAACUUAACCUGGCCUUUAGAUACAGGCUCCAUCCCGUUCACACCUUUCAUCACAGGAGACAUGCAGAAGUUUCAGUGGGGCAACGUCCUCACCCGUUACCUCAUCAACACCAAAGGAGCAGCCAUCAUAAUCGAUGAAGAAACGCCACUGCAUAUAUCUAUCAACGCGGGAGCUAAGGAAAUAUGCCUUAAAGCUAUGUACGAUGACUUCGCAUAUGCAAAUAAACUAACUGAGUUUCCAGAAAUGAGAUAUAAUAUCUGUACUUCAGUAGACAUGAAGUCAUUGCACACUUCUAUUCAUAGUCACAGGAGUUCCCCUCUCUGGGAUGGUCUCAAACCGGCUGAUAUGCAGACACUAGAGUCCCUUAUUUCAGAACCAGUGUGGCAAAUAGCUCCAAGGUUCAAACAUGAACUGCAAGCUGAAACAAUAUCUAAGUAUACGGAAGACGUCAUAAAUUUGGGAUUUUUGAAGCAAGGUCAUGUAUUAAUCAACGAACAUUGGCAGAACGAAAUAGGAGAUUUGACUGUAGAUAAAAGUCGAUUCGAGACUUUGAACACUACGGUUGAUAAAUUACAUAGACGAGGGUUUAAAGUAGCGUUUACUAUUCAGCCUUUUAUUAGCACAGAGAGCAAGAACUUUGCUGAAUGUGUACAGAAAAGAUUGCUCAUCAGCGAGAGGAAUAGUGACAGACGCAUCCCAGCUUUAACCCGAUUCAAAUCUUUACCCAGCGCUGGUGUCCUAGACAUCACUAACAACCGAACAGUUCCUUGGAUCCUGCAGAAACUACAAUCGGUUAUUGACAUUUAUGAAAUUGACUCCUUCUAUUUAGAUCUUGGCACGGCCUACAACAUGCCGCACUACUACCGCUGCGAGAAGACGCUUAUAAACCCUGAUCAGUACAAAACUAUCUUUACAAAGACUUUUGAGAAGACUCUGAACAUCAUUGGCGUUUCUUCAGCUAUAUCUCUUCCAAAGCCUCCGAUUUUCGUGUCUCUACCACCUUUUGAAUCAACUUGGGAAGCUAUGAGGCUGGUAAUACCAACGAUGUUAACUUAUGGGGUCAACGGAUACCCAUUUAUAAUGCCAGGAGCAGUUGGUGGGGAUAUUUACUGGCCAGGGAGUGAGCAGUUCUUGCCUUCGCCAAAAGGAUCGUUGGAUCCGAUAAACACGACUAAAGGGAACGGUAUAGAGUUGCCUGAACGAGAGUUGUACAUGAGGUGGCUGCAGAUGGCCACUUUCCUGCCUGUGAUGAAGUUCACUCAUCUACCGAGUAAAUACAAUGACGAGAGAGUGUUGGAGAUGGCGAAGAAUUUGACUUCGUUGAGACAGAAAUUGGUAACUCCUCUGCUAAUGAAGUACAAGCGUGAAGCUCUGGAGGAAGGGUUGCCGUUGGUGCGUCCACUGUGGCUGGUCACGGGCGGCGACGUCGGUCUGUAUGUCACCGACGAGUUCGCCAUCGGAGACGAGAUUGUCGUCGCGCCCAUCCUGCAUCAAGGACAGACUACUAGAGAAGUGUAUCUACCAGCAGGUUUGUGGCAGGAUGGCAUCGACGGCUCCCUUCGGAAGGGAAGUCGGUGGAUGCAUGAGUACAAGGUGCCUUUGGAACGCGUCGCCUACUUCAUCAGAAGACCUGAUGACAUGAGAUUCAGAUAGUCACCACUCCUGUUGUAAGAUAGGAUAAUUCGAAUAAAAGCUUCCUGGAUACUCAUGAUGAGAUAUUGAAAAGUAUUAUAUUGAAAAAACUUGAGUUAUGCACGGGUGGAUAAAUUUUGGCAACCGAAUAGACCUAUUUUUAUGACAAGAUCUCUAUGUUUAUAGCCGACUAUUGGCCGUGUGUGGGAAUCUGGUGGGCUCAUUAAUAAAAUGAAAUAGAUAACACAUCUUCGAGAGCUUCGUGUCUGGUCAUCAAAAUCUGAAAAAAUAAUGCCAGAACACAUAAUAGAAAAAAGCUAUGUUGAGCGAUUUUUCCUUGAAUAUGAUAUUAAAUAGGAUCAUGGUGUGCAUAAGUGUUCCUAACUUAGUCUCUGAUUGCAUAAAUUUGUAGUGUUCAAUUUUGACAUUCCAACUCUCAUGUAUCUUUACAAAACUAUAAUAUCUAGGACGUCAGAAAUAAAAUGACAGAAAUAGCAUUUUGACAAUAAUUCAAUUGAAUAUUACCAAACAGUAGAAUGAACUUAAAAACAUUUGCCAAUUCUCUUUGACUUACGUGUCUAAUAUACACUCUUCUUAUUACAUCAUAAAAUAACCUUGUUAAACGAUUGAAACUUGCACCACUGCCUAACCUGUUGAGGAAAUAAGCAUAUGGAGGAAUAAAGUAACGGGCUUGGCUUUUCUAUAUGAGAUUAUUAUUUUAUUGUAAAAUGCUUUAAGGCUAUUUAUUGUUAGGUUAUGUUGUGUUGUUACUCUAGUCUCUUGUUUAAUGUCUUUUUGCAUAAUUAUUCUAUAGGAAGGAAUACUGUUUUACAUAUUAUAGUUUUAAUCAAACCUCUUUGCCGUCACAAUUUUUGUAUAAGAAAUAAAUUCUAUAUAAUUUUGUCAAUAAAUUUAAUUCUCUAUUUGACGUAAUAUAAUUAGUAGUUACAUAUUUAUUGUUUAAAAGUGAUUGUUUUCUUAGUUACUGAAUCUAAAAUUGAUUUACGUAUUUUUAUUUAAGUUCUUUUAUAAUUAUCGGAUUCCAAUGAUAAUUUACAGCGUGUAUUAUAAGUAUAAACAGCCGUUUUCAAUAAAGGAUCCUAAUACAAAUCUUCAAUCCGAAUCAGAGAAUGAGCCAAUCAAAAUAAAUCGUUUGUAGCAUGUCAAAGAACUUUAUUCUGAUUGGUCCAUAUAUUGAGAUAGAUUGAAAACUACGAUUGUGUUAUUCAAAAUGGCGGUGAUUAAACAUUCCAAAUUUAAACAUGGCAUUGUAAAUAUUUUAAAUUUAGAAAAAAGUUAUUCAUUUUUAAAUAUUAUUUAUAUUGCUACUUUUAAAUUCUUCUGAGGAGUGUUCUAAAAGCCAAAAACGUAGUUUCAAUAAGAUUUUGUUGGUUUUUAGAACUUUAUCUAAUUAACAGAUUAAGUAAGUGUACUCCGAGGACUUUGUCUGCAAGAUGAUGGUAGGUUACUGCCAUCUUGUUUUCACAUGGUACAAUAAAUUUGUACAAUUAUGUAUGUAUAAGAUUAAUAUAAGAAUAAACUUGUUAACCAAAAAGUAUUGUUAUUGAGUGUUAGUGAACUUGUGCCUUGAAUAAACGUUUUGAAAGAUA